GAGCGGAUGAACCUCAGUUGAGCUGAGCACACACCGAAAUAUUUGAUCAAUUCAUUUCAAUUUUGAAUUUUGAAACAUCAAACUCUCUCGCUACAUCUUGAGAGACUGAGAGACUGAAGCACACAUUUAUAUAUCGUUUAUUAUACACCCGCCCUGAACGCCAGCCUAAAUGCAAUCCCAUCGUGUGUAUCCUACAAUCACCUACGAGCCUCAUUGAGUGGCGGUCGUCUCGCUUGACGAGUCUCCGGAAGCGGCCAUCUUCGGUUUCCUGAACAGGAUGAUAUCUUUCAGGCUUCGCUUGACGUUGCUCUUAGGCGCAAACAAGGGCUUGUGCUCCUCGUUGACGUCGUGUUGGUGGUCAUAGUCGACGUGCACAAACGCCCUCUCAACAUCAGCCAGACCCUCGAGCUUACGCUGCAGGUCCUGGCCCACGUCAUGCGUCACCUUUAGUGGCAGCCCCUCGUCCAUGACAAUGUCCAUCUCGACAAAGUACUUGUGGCCGGCAUGGUACGCUCGGCAUGUGUCGACCUUGAGGAUCCUGUCGUCGUGUGUCACGCCCAUGUAGAUGAGCUUGGAGAUGAACUCCUUGGGCGCCGACUUGCCCACCAGCAGCCAGAUGUGCUCAAAGGCGUUGGACACCCACGAAAACAGGAUGAUCAACGCAACGAGGAUGGCGCCGAUGGGGUCCAGGUACCACGCAAUCUUUUCGCCAACGACCGCCAUGAUCAAACCGAAGCUGUUGAUGGCAAUGUCGUUGCGGUGGUCGAUGUAGAAGAUGAACACGGUUGGGAACCUGCGAUACAUCAAGCAGUACACCAUCAUGCUACCCUUGGCAAAGACUAUGAGCUGUCAGUACCACUCAUGACCUGACCGAAUGCGAUGUACAUACUGGCAACACCGAUGAAGACCAGUGGGACGAUGUGAAGCUCCUCGGAUUCUGUUGGCGCUCCGGCCCCUAGUGUUCGGCCAGACUCAAUCUACGACAUUCUGGAUAGCAACAGUAGUCAUCAAUGCACAAAACAGAAUGAUGGCCAUGGCUUCUAUUCUUGUACGGCCCUGCCUAUUGUCAGCUACAAUUCUCUGCAUCAGGGACCACCACGUCAACUUACCACAGGAUACUUGUACACGCUGGGCCUCGCAGCAAGCCACGAGGCUAUCAACAUCACGAACGACGAAACAAGAUCCAUGAAAGCAUCGGCCGUGGUGGCGAAGAGAGCCAAAGAUCCGGUCGAGAUGGCGGCAUACAGCUGAAUGAUGAACAGGCAAAAGUUGAUGAUAAAGGAGCCCCUGAUGGCAAACUUGAUCUUGGGGGCAUAUUUCGCAUCUUUCUCAAUGGCAACCUGCUCUUCAUCAUCGGCACCCAGGAAGUCGUCAAUAAGAGCAUUCUGCUGGGCAUAGUACUUCUUGAGUCUCCGCUUGUUGCCUUUAGGAUGCUCAAUCUUCAUCUGCUUCUGACUGAUGUUCUCACGACGGUGCCUAGCAAUAUCGAGAGGAUCCGCGAGCGAGGUUGUCGUGGCUUGUCUGGUUGGACCGGCUGGAAUGGCGACUUCUUUCUCAGCUGCUGUACUGGCUGGAUCUGCUCCGGGCUGGGCAUCCGACUGGAUCUCGGGGGAGGUGGAAGCUGGUGCAUUUUCAGGGGGGCUGACUCCUGUUACCAUGUGUUAGACUCCCAAGCUUCAUGAUGUUCAAGCCUACGACUUGACAAGACAAGCCUGUUUGCAGCAUGAUUUCGAGGUUCAGAUGGGUACGUACCUGCCGGCCAGCCAUCAUCUGAAGUGCCCUGGGCUGCCAUUGGACUGUCGAUCUUGGGUCUGAAGUGGGACGGUUGGGUUCGACAAGCUUGAAUUACAAUCGAAAUCCUAUGGCAGGAACUAUCAAGAGAUGCGCCAGAGACGGCGACAGUAUUAUAGGACUGAGCAACCAGCCACUUCACAACUCAGGAGAGCGGCCUCAAUCCACCAAGCGGGAUUUCACCAUGUCACAUUUGCAACCUACAUCCAACCCAUUCCUGAUUUGGGCAAGAAAGGGUCAAGUUUACAAUUCCAUUCACAUCACCAUCACAUCACCACAGACACUACUGUAUCGAAAACGGCACAGCCACCUGAGAUUAUGUACCCCUUAUGAGUUUUGGAGCGGCUGGUGCUCAAGCUUGUACUGUUUACAGCAUGCGUAGCCGAGAAAGCAACUUGUUGGUCUAGUGCGGGAAAGAUCAAGCGGGAGCUAGUCUCUUGAGACCACCACCUCCUCCAAGACCAAGCUCUGUGCCGAGCAUCCAGUUUUUGGGUUCCACGGUACAAGCUCCGAGCUCUAGCCUAGGCCCUCUGAAUAUUCCAUGGACGGGCCACGAAGUCACUUGACAAGGUGACAUCGGGACCAAAAGCGCCACUACACCAGAGUCCCCCGUCGCCGUUGGCUGGUGGAAUGUUUCAACCGGGCGGAAGCCGGAAACCCCUAACGGUUAAUGCACCACCAUCUAGCAAGAUCUCCGCUUCACCAGUUACAGUUGCCACCUUCUCCAGAUGUUGCCUGGACGUAUACUACAGAGAGCAAUUGAACAACAGCUAGAUACUCGAGCUUCCCGGCCAAAACUUCAACCUGGACUGAACACGACCAACUGUAUUUUUAUAUAGCAAUCCUUCAUGAUCUCUCGCGCAGGGCCAGUGUUAGACUUGGGCCAAGGAGCAAAACCCCACGAUUGCACGGAUCUCCCCGUCUUGUCGCAGCACCCUGCAGAGAACCCCUGUCUCCAGGGGUUCCUUGCCAAGCGGUCAGUGCCUGAACCCCUCUCUUUCGGCUCUUGUUGCCCCAACUCUGGGGUGAGAGGGCAGGUUUUGGCGACUUGCCUAAAGCAGCUCAACGAUGGUUCCAGUGAAGGGCCAAAUCAGCGUCCAUUGGGCGUUUUGAGAAAGAUGAUGACUGGCACAGAGUUGCCAGAGUUGCACCCAAGAGUUGCACCGUCUCCUUGGAGAUCUGCGGCUCUCGAGUGUUUGCGAUUGCACUGCCACGCCACAGAUUCGGCAGCAUACCGAGACAUCAUGGACUCUUGAUAUAUUGAAAAAAAAAUGCCCGAGUGUCACUCUUAAUCUUGAACGCUUCAACAGUCGCCAGGAGAAGGUGGAACCUGUUUCACACCGUCUUCUGUUCCCUUCUUCGAACAAAACAAUGCUCCCUUCCUCUGGCUAUCACUGGCUAUCACUGGCUACCAGUAAUCAGAUCUAGGCUCUUCGACGACUCCCCUCUGCGAAUCCGUUUUAGGUUUUGCCAAGCUCAAACCGAGGCUCCAGUUUGAGCUUGACCAUUGCUACACGGACAUGGCCUCCCUGUCUCCCUUGUUUGGCUCUAGAUGCUCGUCGAGAGGACUACGACUUGGUUUCCAGCUGAAGUCUAGGCUGGAUUGCUUGGUGCAACGAUCAGCUUGAGCCAGAGUCUCACGGUCGUCAGAAACCUGGGAGCGACAGUUGCAUGGACUCGUUCAUCCCAGCAAUCUUUGAUCACAGAGCCAGUCUAUUGGUUCGUCUUGGCCUUCUUGUCUGUGACAGACUUGGGCGUGGAUUCCCAUGUCGCCUUUCGGUUCUUCGGCUGCUGCUCUCUCGGGGCAUGAGUCGCGGCAGAUCUUGCCGUGGUGUUACCCCAUUGAUCCACAGUGCGGUCUUGGAAAUCGUACUUACUAAAGAGCAACGGCAGUAUCUCGAACUUGGAUUCUGGACUCUUGGCUCUUUUCCCACCCUUGUCACGUCUUUUGGUCCUCAGGAGGACAUAAGCCUUUCUUUCUAUCGCUACCGCUUUUUGUUUACUUUUUCUCUCUUCUCCUUCUUUCUCUUCUUUUUGCAUCGUUAUCGCCUCAACCCGGUGAUGGUGCAUUUCGCACCCAACCCGCCCCUUUUCCUUUCCUAGUCUCCUUUCUCUUCUUCUCAGCUGCCGGGCGGUUUCUUCUACGUACACUCUUGAUUUCAUCUUCUCUUUGGGAUAGACCUGGAGUCGUUCUGUCUUUAACACACGAGGUACUGGUAUACCGAAACCGCUUGACGCGGAAAAAAAAUAAGAAAAAUGGAUGAAAAGCCGCAGUGUGGGAGCGGUGAGGAGGUCGGAGAGUAUGACCUCCCGCUUCACGUCGCGGGUCUUUUCAUGGUGCUGGCUGCCUCGAUCUUUGGUGCCGGUUUCCCAGUGGUGGCCAAGAAGGUAAAGUGGGUAAAGGUGCCUACCUCGGUGUUCUUCGCUUGCAAGCAUUUUGGUACUGGUGUUCUGAUCGCCACAGCGUUCGUUCAUCUUCUCCCUGUUGCGUUCGGUAACCUGACAGACCCAUGUCUUCCGGAUUUGUUCACCACUCAGUAUCCCGCCAUGCCUGGUGUCAUCAUGAUGGGAUCGAUGUUCUGUCUUUUUGUUCUGGAGAUGUAUCUCAAUGCCAAGAUGGGUGGCCAUUCCCACGGAGGUGCGAUGGGAUUCGAGGCUUCUGGGCCGGCCCUUCCACAGCCAGAGUCCAAGCCGGCCUACCAACACACACACGCACCCGACCACAAGAGAGCUCCGUCUCGUCCGCCGAGAUACACCGCUUACAGCGAGUUCGAGAUUGAGGAUAUGGACUACGAGAAGAGAAUGGCACAGAAGCUGUACGGCGAGAAGAUGAACACCUACCCGCGCAGCGACAACCCCUUUGACGACAUCAACGAAUUGGAGGUUCGCUCCGAGAUGCCGCCUUGGUUUGUGGUCUUUUACGAGCAGUAUGUCCGCCAGCGGUUGGAGAUGGUCAACAUGAUCAAGUCGAGCCAUGCGGCCCUGAGAAAGGAACAACAACAUCAAUACGCCGAAGCUGAGAAACGCAUGAGCAUGCUUGCGCCUCCCCCGUCCCUUGCCGAUUCCCCGUAUAUCGAUGUCGAGACUGGCAAGCCUGUCGAUCCGGCCGUGUUCAAGAAGAUGUCGAUGAAUAUUACCUUGUUGGAGGGCGGUAUCUUGUUUCAUUCGGUCUUUGUCGGUAUGACCAUCAGCAUCACCAUCGACGGCUUUAUUAUUCUCCUGGUGGCUAUCCUAUUCCACCAGAUGUUUGAGGGUCUCGGUCUUGGUUCCAGAAUUGCUGCUGUCCCCUACAAGCAGGGCAGUCUUAGGCCUUGGAUGCUGGUGCUUGCUUUUGGUUGCACUUGCCCAAUUGGGCAGGCUAUUGGCUUGAUGGUGAAGGAUUCAUAUGAUCCCAACAGUGCAUUCGGGUUGAUUAUUGUUGGUGUUUUCAAUGCCAUCUCGUCUGGUCUUCUUUUGUACGCUUCUCUUGUCGAUCUGUUGGCUGAGGAUUUCUUGUCCGAGGAGGCGGACAGGACCUUGACCAAGAAGCAGAAGAGGGACGCCUUCUUGUGGGUUUUACUGGGAGCUGCCGGCAUGUCCGUUGUCGGUGCAUUUGCCUAA